AGCCGUUUAGCGGUGUAAGUGAACAGAAGUGGCCGAAAAUAAAGUGAUAAUUAAAAUAAGUGUUAGAAGUUAAUUCUCCUCUUAGCAAUCAAAGUAGUGAUAGCAUAAUUUAAUAUAGUGAUCAGGAAAAAUUAAAUACAAACAAAACAGUGUCUUCAAUAUGAUGUGGCACAACAAUAAGUCGUUUAUAACUAUCUUUGCCGUUUCACUGCUGCUUGGCUACGUCGCUGCACAAGAUCUUACUUGCAUUAGUUGCUACGAUGCGGAUAACUGCAUGAAAAAUCUAGAGGCCACUGAUAUAAAAACCUGCGAGGCGAAAACUUGCUACACACAAAUUAACGCUAAUCUCACCAUUUCGCGUGGUUGUUUGGAAGAUGGCAAAGAGAAUGAGUGCCAAGCACCAAGCUGCGUUAGUUGUAGCGGUACAGACAAAUGUAAUAAUCUGAAUGUAUGUAAGUCCUGCAGUUCGGAUGAUGACCCAAAAUGUGCACAAACCGAUGCAUCUACGGCGAAUAACGCUAUUUGUGACAAAGCUGACAGCAAAUGCAUGAUUAGCGUGUUGGAAAAGAAGACCGAACGUGGCUGUGUGACAGAUGAAAUCGAAAAGACAUGCACCGAUGAAAAGACAUGUCAAAUGUGUACCGGUGGCGCUUGUAAUCUGGGCAUAUUCCCGCAGGAACGCCGAACAUGCUUUCAAUGCAAUGACACAAUUGCAGCUUGUGCAGAUGCACAAGCAAGUGGCGCCGCAUUGCCGUGCACACAGUACGUAGAGAACGAUACCUGUUACAUGUAUGGCAGCGAUGAAACACAUCUGACACGUGGCUGUACAUCGGAUGUGGGCGAGCAAAAUAAAUGUGUAACAAACGAUGAAAAGUGUAAAACUUGUAAUUCAAAUGCGUGCAAUAGCUUGGGUUACAAAACUGAGCAAUUGUUGGAGUGCAUACAAUGCUCUGACAAAGAUGGUUGUGCUUGGGGACACGAGGCCAGCACGGCUAAGAGUUGUGAGCAAAAAAUCUUAUACUCAGCCGAAGGUAAAUGCUACACGCGUACCGAUGAGAGUGGUACAGUAACGCGCGGCUGUUUCUACGAUCUUGAUGAUGCCGACCAGAGAGCGUGUGAAACUAGCACAAAUUGUACUACUUGCACAAAUGCGAAUGGUUGUAAUAAUGUUGAUACACAAAAUUUCACUUGUAUUCGUUGCCGAAGUGAUGAAAACGACAGUUGCCGCCAUAAACCGAGAGAAAUUGGCGGCAAAAGUUGCAGAAAUCUAGUGCAGUCAAAUGCGGACAUGAAAUGCUUUACUGGCGUUUGGAGAACUAAUUUGCUUAUACGUGGUUGCCUGAUCGAUUUGGAAGAUCGUGAUCAAUUUAUUUGCAAUGAUCCGUACAACAAUAACUGCGUAGUUUGUGAGUCUUCUAAUUGCAAUAAUAAGACAAAUGGCGCUGCGUAUUUCUUCUUAACAAAUGGCUUACUGUCAGCUGUGCUCUUCACGUUGUGGCGUAUGAAAUAAAAUAUACACUAACAAAAUAUGCUACUACAAAUAUUUAAAUAUACUUUUAUAUAUAUUGUACAUAUAUGUGCUCCUAUGAAUUUGAAAUAUAGUAAUUUACAAAUCAAA